GGCGAAUUGGAGACCCCGUAUGCAACAAGAAAUAGUGCGAAGCAAGAAGAUAUCGAUGGCAGGGACUAGUCUAGCAAAUGCUGCCGUAUCUACGCUCGGAGGGGGGCCUUAUGGGCAACAUACGAGUAAGAGUACUAAUAACCAGUGCUCAUUCCAAAUGCCGCUGCAUUACCCGAGGUACAAGAAGAAAGACUACGAGAAUAUGCCCGAGUGGAAGCUGGAUCGCCUCCUGAAUGAGUAUGGUUUGCCUGUGUCCGGUGAUGUCGUCCAGAAGAGGAAGUUCGCCAUGGGGGCUUUCCUUUGGCCUUCGCAGGAAGAGUAAAACAUGUUGUCUCAUGGUAUGAUGUUGCGACCGGGUGUUAGCAAGAGGAUUGCUAAAUGCUAAUAAUCAUGUGUCAGUUUAGUUUGGUUUGGUUAUCAUAUUCUGCCCCCUAAUGUAUGAAUGUAUGUUUCUGUCAGUGGUGUGAUUUAUAUUUGAACAUGUAGCACCAGUUUCUGUA